UUAUUUUUCGAAUAUAAAUAGGGGCGGCGGCGGCGCGCGCGGCCCGGGCCCGCGUCCCGCCCCCCCCCCCCGGAGCCCCCAUCCCCGGGUACCGGCAUCCUGCCCCCCCCCCCCCCCAUCCGCGGGAACCGGCACCGAGCGCGGCCCGCGCCGGGACGGGACACAGCCACAUCUCCCUCUGGAGCAGGAUUAAUUCAUUGGUUUCGGGCCGGUCCCGCAUGGCGGAGCGGGGCGGGCGGGCGCUGCCGGCCCGGGGGGGCACGGCCCCGGCGCCGGUGCCGGUGCCGGUGAGCUCCCCGGUCACCACGCUGGCGCUGGACAUGGACAACCUUGCGGGGCUGGGCAGCCAUUGGGACACUCCGAAGCGGCGGGUGGGGGGGGUGACCCCCCAAAACCGGGGCGGGGAGCCCCCCCGGGACUCCGUUUCCUCCGAGUCGUCGGAUGCGGGACUGGGGCUGGACUCCCCCCCGCAGCAGGACCCUGCGGUGCUGGAGGACGUCUUCGAGAAGGCGGUGCUGGAGGCGGGGAGAGUCCUCAAAGACAAUAAGCUCCCCAUCCGGAGGAUCCACUCGCUGCCGCCGCGGCUGCUGGGCGCCAGCCCGGUCCUCAGGAACAUCUCCCACUGCCGGGAAUUCAACGGGAAUUGCGCCCGCAGGGGCAGCGAGCAGGGCAGGAGGGAGCCCGAGGCCACGGAGGGGUUUGUGUUCAAGAAGCCGCAGAGGCCGGGGGGGCGCAGCCGGGUGCCCACCAGCGAUGGGGCCAUGGGCAGGGACCCCUUCGCCCAGAGACCCAGCUCCGCGCCCGACCUGCUGUUUGACCCCCCCGAGAAGGAGAAUGUCCCCCAAGGGGAGAGCCCCAUCGUCCUGCGGCGCUGCUCCCUGACCUGCUCCAUGGCCGAGGAGGACGACGACGGCUUCAUGGAGAUCCUGGAUGAGGAGGAGAUGAAGAGCGGAGCCGCGGUGCCGCAGGGGAUGGAGACGCUGCUGACCGCGCCGCUGGUGAGGAGCGAGGAGCCGGAGCCGUGUCCCCCGCGGCGCAGCAAGUGUCGGCAGCUCUUCCGCUCGCCCUCGCUGCCCAGCACCGUCAUCAGACCCAUCCUGAAGCGCAUGGACCGGCCCCGGGACCGGGACAGGGACCGCGACAGCCCGGUCAGGACCAAGCGCCGCCGCAGCGUGGCCGGGACCCCGGGCGAGGAGCCUGUGGUGGAGCCGGCAGCACGGCUCCUGCGCUCCAGGUCCCUCUGCCACCAGGACAUCGGCGCCCUGCUGGGCAGCGACCACCGGGAGCUCAUCGGGGACUUCUCCAAGGCUUACCUCCUGCAGACAGUGGAGGGGAAGCACCAGGACCUGAAGUACAUCUCUCCUGCCAUGAUGGUGGCGGUGCUGACGGGGCAGUUCAGCGGCCUCAUCGAGAGCUGCGUGAUCGUGGAUUGCCGCUACCCCUACGAGUACGAGGGCGGGCACAUCAAGGGCGCCGUUAACCUGCCGCUGGAGCAGGAUGCGGAGGAGUUCCUGCUCAGGAAGCCCAUCGUGCCCUUCGACGCCUCCAAGAGGGUCAUCGUCAUCUUCCACUGCGAGUUCUCCUCCGAGAGGGGGCCCAGGAUGUGCCGGUUCGUGAGGGAGAAGGACCGAGCCUGCAACGAGUACCCCAACCUGCACUACCCCGAGCUCUACGUCCUGAAGGGGGGGUACCGCGAGUUCUUCCCCCAGUACCAGAGCCACUGCGAGCCGCAGGACUACCGGCCCAUGCACCACGAGGACUUCAAGGAGGACCUGCGGCGCUUCCGCCUCAAGAGCCGGACCUGGGCCGGGGAGCGCAGCAAGAGGGAGCUCUACAGCCGCCUCAAGGACUGCUGAGCGCCCCCCCCAGCCCAUGGGGGACCCCUCGACACCCCCCAGCCCCAUGGGGCUGCUGUGGGGCAGCAGCUCCCAGCCCCAAACCUGCCCCCCCCCCCAUCCGCAUCCCCCACCUCUGCAGUGGGACAUGGUGGGGGGGGCACAGUUGUGGUUUUACCUCAUUUUACCCUAAAAUGGGGGUAGGUUUGGCCCUAAAUAGGGGGGUUUGGGGGGGGGGGGGGGCUUCACCAAGGCCCCACUUCACUGCCAUGUUCAGGCUUCUUUUGGGGGGUUCCCCCCCCCAAACCCCUUCCCCUUGCACCCAAAGGCCCCCCAACAGCCACAUCACCCCCCACACCCUUUGGGGGGGGUCUGGAGCUGGGCAGGACCCCCCAAAGAAGGUGGGGACCCCCCCCCAGGAGCCCUGGGACCCCCCAAUGGGGGUUUAUAGGUACAAAAGCACUUAAACCUCUGGGAGGGGUGCCCCUUGUUGUGAUCCCCCCCCGCAGCAGCACUGGGGGGGCUGUGGGGGGGUUCGUGGUGCGUUUGGGGUGAUUUUGGGCCCCCCCAUCUUAUUUAAAGUAAUUAGUUCUCCGAGGUUAAUUGGGGGGGCAGGAGGGGUUUUGCCCCCCCCAUGUUGGGCUGAGCACUUGCAAGUGAAGCACCAUGGGGGGGCAGGAGCUGCUGCCACCGGGUUGUGCCCCCCCCCCCCCAUUGAUUGUUUGAUGUUAUUAAUUAUUAAUGGUCCCAAUCAAUGACUCCCGUGGGAGGUGAAUGGAGCGGGGCUGGGUGAUGCCGUACUUCCGCCUUUUGCCCCGCCCACCAACCCCUCACCAGCCAAUCACCGCGCCGCCCCGCAUCGCCUCGCCCAAUCACGACCCGCCGCUGUCACGUGCAGAGGGUUGACGCCAACCUCCUCCGUCUCCCACCAAUCGCCCGCCGCCCCCUCCUUCCGCAUCCCCCCUCCCUCCCCCCCCGGAGCCAAUCGGGCCGGGGUCGCGUUGCCAUGGUGAGGGCGCUCGUGCUGGUGGCGCGGGGCGGGAAGGGCGGCGCUGGCCACGCCCCCUGCCGCGUGCUCUGCGCGCGCUCUUUCGGGGACCCCCUCCCCGGGGACCCCCCCCCGGACCCCGCCCGGGAGCGCCUCCGCCGCCGGGAGCAGAUCGCGGCCGUGGCCAGACAAGUGACCACCCAAUGCCACCUCCUGCAGUCCUCGUUGGCUCCUUCCUCCUCUUCCCAUGUCCCUGCUGAUCCCGUAUCCCUGCGGAACGCUCCCUGCGGCGUUUUCCAGCUGCCCCCCGGAGACCCCUUUCCCGAGCGGGUGUUGGUGCCUUGGCUCCAAGUGGGAGCUUUGGCUUUAGCUUUGGUUUGUGACCCCGAGGAGAACCUCACGUUGGCUGAGCUCACCCUGCGCCGCCUCGCGCCGCGUUUCCUCUCCUCCCUCCGGCUCCUGGAGCCCGGAGCCGAUGUCCUGCUCCAGCCGGAUACAGCCCAUGGGCUCCUCGAGCAUCUCCUGCCCCACGGGGAGAUGCUGUUCCUCAAUGAAGGCUUCAGGCAAGCCCUGGAUCAGGAGAUGGGCAUCAAAAGAGCCCGCUGAGGUGGAUGUCCUCAUCCCGAUGGGAUGGAUGGGAACCGUCCAUAGCUCGGGAAUAAAGAGCGACGAGGCA